CACCGGCGUCCUGUGAAGGUUAUCACCGCCGCCGACCGAGCCCGAAACGUAACGGUUGCGAGACAAGAUGGCGACACUGUACCAAUCGUUUCUGCCGCGUUCUUCCUCCGCAACAUUGCCGCCUGGCUCAUUACGAUUUUCAACUGCACAAACAUCCCUUAACCAGCAACAGCAACAGCAACAGCAACAACAGCCAUCCGCAUCUACGUCCACACUGCUCCCCGCCAAGUCUUCAGCGGAUACCUCCGCUGACCAAAGUGCUUCCUGGGCGUCAGCAGCAAGCAGCACCGUCAAAGGUAUCUUCAGUAGCGCCGCCAAGCGCUUUUCACUGUCGCCUCAGAAGAGGGGUCAAGAGGACGGCGAUGCAAGGUGUGCAAAGGGUGAAACUUACGCCAUUGUCUCGCCACUCUCCAAAGGAGAAAGCGCGUCUGUCCCACUCGUAUCCACGCCGCCGCUCUCCCCGCUUCGACGCCAGGUUCUGACGCCACACUCAUCCCCCUCUUACCCGAGCCCUCUGAAAGCAUAUUCACAAGAUGCCUCAGUCAAAGAUUCGGCAGCGCUUAGUCCAGCACGAUCGGGAUCUAGCGGCACGCCUUCGCCACCGAAGAAGAAAAGGACCGAACUAGAUCUGCAGCAACUCCAACUCCCUUCGCCAGAAAAACUGCAAGCCCCCAAUUCCAGCGCAAGCGCUGCUGGCUCGAUCGUUCUCAAGAAGCGCCGCUUGGAGGACGCGGAUAUUUCGUGGAUAUCCACGUCAGAGCGUGCCGCGGACGAGGUUGAGCACAUCUCUUCGCCUCCGGGCGCAACCAGCAUCGAUGAGGAGGAAGCUGCUGAAGAGCUCGUGCCCAAGAAGCCGACGAGUCAAAAGAUGGACCGGUUCGGCAACCCGCUGCUCUGCAUGCCACAUGCUUCUAUCCGUUGUGCGCCGCGCGCACGCACGCUGCCGGCUCGUUCGAAAUGCCAGCGCGCUCUGCAGUUCGAUGAGGACGAGGACGAUCAGAGCGCCUCGUCUGACAAAGACGGCAGCAUCGAUGGCCAUGAAAAAUUUGCUCCGCGCAGCAAGAAGAACAGCCUUAUCAGUCAAUCUCGCAAGCGCAGGAGUGACCGUCAGCUUCCAUCAAUUGACGAAUCAGAAGAUCAGAGUGGAGGAAGCCAUGAGGGAACUGGUGGAGGGAGUGAUGGAGGGAGCGACGAGGAUGACGAAGAUGUCGACUUCCUUGCGCUCAUCAGGAAGAGGGCAGCGGCCCGAGUGGAAGCGCGCAAAGCAGCUGGGAUGGAGCCCGUGCUCGAUGCCGUCACAAGGACUGGGAUCACCAGCAACACUCGUACGCCGGAGCUUGGGGUCCUAGAUGACGGGCCCAUCAGCACCAGAGGAACGCGCAUUCGAAUGUCGGCUCUGGAAGCUCAAAAAGGCUUGUCAGGAACCCCCAGGAGUGCUCUGAUUGACAAGAAACCGAUGCUGCUUGCAGCACGGUCGAACUCGCCUGCGCGCGAUACACCCAGGAAGCCAAAGAAUAGAUUUCUGGAUAGGCUCUUAAAGAAGCGCCAGGAUGACCGCGCUCGCGGCACGAAUGCUGCUGCUCUUGAAGCGCUGUCCAAGCAAAUCAAAGCAGCCGAAGUGCUAGAGGAGGCAGAGCGCGGGCUUUUUUGGUCGGACGGCGAAACAGUCGAGGGGUGCUCGAAGGCCGGGGAGCGCUCCAGCGAUGUCGAGUGCGAAGCCUUCGACACCUGGGAGGAUAUGCGCGCGGGAUCCGAUAGCGAAAGUAGUAUUAGCUAUGAAACGAGUCCCAACAAGGCGGCACAGAGCAAAGCGCUGGGAUCGAGCCCAGUCAAUUUAGCUGAUGUGCCAAAGGGAAACGGAAAUGCGCAUGAGCUCGACCAUUUCCGCUCUCUUUUCAAUGAGAUAGCGGGAGAUGCUUCCAAAGGUGCCAUUGAAUCUAGAGAAUCAAGAGGGAAUACCAGAGGAAGCAAGUCAAAAGACAAGGAUGUGAUGGAUACACGCGUUGAUGUUGUCGAUAUUGUCGAGGCAGAUCGCGCUCAAAACACCAAGCAGGACGAGGCCAAUGCCAAGGCCAAGCAGUUACGCAAAGACACGUGGUUUUGGCUGCAAGAACACAUCGCAGUACCCAAUGUCUCGGUCGCAACACCUUGGUCAGCGCCGACUGGUUCCAAAAUUCUUGAUGCGGCAACCCUAGCAUCCAAGUCACCAGUCGCUUUGCAUGCAUUUUUUGAAGCAGGUAUUCUCCACAAUUUUAUCGGUCACCUCAUCGUGAACGAGUGUGUCGCAUCACACAUCGCGAGUUGGCUUGCCGACCUCGCGAUCUAUUCUGACUUCCAUGAAGCAGCGCUAUCGACCAUUGCUUGCGCAAUUUCCGAAAUCGCCCACCCCUUCCAUGCUCGGGCCUUUGCCACAGCCCUAUUCGAACGCAUCGCGCGCUCUUUUUCGAUGCUAGGAGCGCGCCCUCUCGUGCUUAAGACCUGCCUAGACGAGAAGGCUAGGAGUCUGCCUCCUCCCACGAAAAUGGCUGCUCAGCGGUACACUGGAACGGCAACACUGUCGACAGAAUCGCAAAACCUGCUUCACCUUGCUGGUAAGCUGAACGAUGCAAAAACAUGCACUCCGAUGAAGAGAAGCACACGACUACGACUCACGGGCAGGCUCCUGGAUGUCUUUGACCUUCUCGCACAGUUUGAUCAACUGAGCCUAACGCCGAAAGGCGUUCUGAAACAAAAGGAUCGUGCCAGCGCUGCGAUGCUAGUAUACUGGCUCGGACUGGAUUCCUUGGAAGGGCAGCAGACUCGGAGUCGAGCGCUCGCUUUGAAACUUUUUGGAGGUCCUGUCCUUCCAAGUACAGCUCGGGACGCCUCACUAUUUCCGUCGCUUGACACGGACGGUCAGGCCUCCAUCGCGAGGAAGUUAGUUGAACUGCUCAAAGACAAGCCAUUCUCACAUGUCCGACACUGGCUGGAGCACUUACCAGCUGAGAGCCCAAGCUCUCGGAACAUUUCAAGAUGGGUCGCAGCCUCUUGCCUAGUGCACCGGCACAGCCCAGCCAUGGCGCAACGAUCUUUCGAAGUUAUCGAGCAGGCGUUACCGGCAGUUCUGAAAGCUAUCGAUCAUGAAGACCCAGCUAAUCCGUUUCACAUCACCCAAGACACAGACUUCACAGAGUUGGAAUCCGCGCCCAUCGUCGUUCUUUACGCUCUUAGUGACUUUGCUCUGCAGAUGUGCUUGAAAAACGCGACCGCCGCCUCAGAUGUGUUAGAUGAUGGAGCGGCGGACAACUGCCGCUUUGCCACCAGCGAGACAGCAAUGACAACGAGGUUGUGGACGCCGCCGAACCCCCGAUCGGCGGUUGGUCAAGCUUUGGACUGCUUUGUCUGGCUCUACGGAAUGAGGCCUAAACAUGACAAAAUCCGGCUCUUCUUGUUGGAGGCGCUCGAAAACCGCUUGCGCGAAGCCUCGACUCGCAUUACAGACAGCAAGGGCCAGGCCAUCGCCAAAGGAAAGGCGCGCGAGAUGCUUGUCCGCGUGUCCCUCGCGUUACGCUAUAUGCAUUCACUUUAUGGUAAUCGCAAGUGCAAUGACAAGUUUGACUAUGACAACGGAGAUACCGACAUCACGGAUCAUUUCCGACCUCUCAUUUCAAGCUCCACGGCAGGUCCGUGA